CACCACGCGCCGCCAUGUCGCUGCACCGAGACGCGCUUGGGCAUGCGACCGACUGCGCGGAUGAAGCUGCCGAAGCUGCCAUGCCUGCCGCUGUGUCUCCUGCUGGGCCUCGUCGCCUGCGCGGCGGCUAUGAGCGAUGAGGCCCUGGCGGACCUGCGACAAGAGACGCGCGACAUCUUCUACCAUGGCUUCGACGGCUACAUGCAGCACGCCUUCCCCGAGGACGAGCUGCGCCCGCUCUCCUGCGCCCCGCUGACCCGCGACCGCGCCAACCCGGCCCACAUCGAGGUCAACGACGUGCUGGGCAACUACUCCCUGACCCUGGUCGACAGCCUGUCCACGCUGGCCAUACUGGCCUCGACGCCCCCGCCGCACCGCCACGGCCGCCACCCGCGCCGCCGCAACCGCGCCCUCGACGACUUCCAGGCCGGCGUGCGCUCCCUGGUGGAGCUGUACGGGGACGGCACUGCGGGCCCGGCCGGCCAGGGCACCCGCGCGCGCGCCUUCGACCUCGACAGCAAGGUUCAGGUCUUCGAGACGACCAUCCGCGGUGUCGGCGGCCUGCUGAGCGCCCACCAGUUCGCCGUUGGCGACCUGCCCAUCCGCGGCUACAGCCCCCACGAGGAGGUGCGAGGGGGAACAACGGGCGUCUUCUGGGGGGAUGGUUUUGUCUACGACGGCCAACUACUCCGCCUGGCCGCCGACCUCGCCAACCGCCUGCUGCCCGCCUUCCACACGCCCACCGGCCUGCCCUACCCGCGCGUGAACCUGCGCCAUGGCGUGCCCUUCUACGCCAACUCGCCCCUCAACAUGGACCCCGACGGCCAGUGCAGCAAGGACCCGAACGACAAGCGCGCUGAGAUCACCGAGACCUGCAGCGCCGGCGCCGGCAGUCUGGUGCUGGAGUUCACCACCCUCAGCCGCCUGACCGGCGACCCCGUGUACGAGCGCGUCGCAAAGGCCGCCUUCUGGGCCGUCUGGCACCGCCGCAGCAGCAUUGGCCUGCUGGGCGCUGGAAUCGACGCCGAGACCGGCCAGUGGGUGUCGCCGUACACGGGCAUUGGCGCCGGCAUCGACAGCUUCUUCGAGUACGCCCUGAAGACGCACAUCCUGCUCUCCGGCCUGCCCUACGACCCCGCCAAUGCGAGCGUCGACUCGCCCGACGCCUUCCUCCUCGCCUGGGAGGACGCCCACGAUGCCAUCAAGCGCCAGGUCUACCGCGGCGCCCAGCACCAGCACCCGCACUACCCCCAGGUCGACCUCUACACCGGCGCCCUGCGCGCAUUCUGGAUCGACAGCCUGAGCGCCUUCUACCAGGGCCUGCUCGCCAUGGCCGGCUACAUUGACGAGGCCAUCGAGACCCAUCUGCUGUAUACCGCCCUGUGGACCCGCUACUCGGCCAUGCCGGAGCGCUGGUCGACUGCGACGGGGAACAUCGAGCACGGCCUGCGCUGGUGGGGCGGCCGGCCGGAAUUCAUCGAGUCUACCUGGUAUCUCUACCACACCACCAAGGACCCCUGGUACCUGCACGUCGGCGAGAUGACCCUCCGCGACAUCAAGCGGCGCUGUUGGACCAAGUGCGGCUGGGCCGGCCUACAGGACAUCCGCACCGGCGAGCUGAGCGACCGCAUGGAGAGCUUCUUCCUCGGCGAGACUGCAAAGUACCUCUUCCUGCUGUUCGAUCCCUCGCACCCGCUGAAUACCUGGGACGCGCCGUACGUCUUCACCACCGAAGGCCAUCCCCUGAUCAUCCCCAAGCGUCUGCGCCCAGCAAAGGUCAGGCAGGAUCAUCCUCUCCCCGAGUGGCAGCCAGCCCCGGCGACGUGUCCCCUGCCGCCGGCCAUCCUCCCGUUUAGCAUCUCCGCCACAGCCGCGCGCCCGGACGUCUUCCACGCCGCCAGUCUCGCCCGUCUGCACCUCAUGCCGACGAUUGAAACGCUCGAGUCGCCGCUGAUCGAGUUCAACGCGGCCCACCCCAGCAUCUCCAUGGCCGACGUGCGCUCGCCCUCCAACUACACCUACUUCCCCUGGACUCUGCCUAUCGAGUACAUCCCGAAAAACGCCACCAGCGCGCCCCUCGCCGUCCGCACAACCUUCGACCUCUCCUUCCCCGCCAUGCCCAACGUCCCGCAGGUCGGCACCAUGCAGCGCCUCUCCGACGGCAUUCUGGUGAAUUCCAUGAGCGGCCUGCGCCUGGGCAUGGUGCGCGAGCACGACGCGUCCGUCUCGCUCGACGAGCACUUCCGCAUCUACGCCAUCUCCAACGUCGCCCUCGGCCGCGACGAAAAGGUGUUCCUGUCCCGCGCCACCAUCGACGCCUUCAACCCGCUCGACCCCUACUUCACCCGCACCCGCGACCCGCACACGCUCGACCUCGUCGUCGACGUGCCCCCCGCGGCCCCGCCCACCCUCGACGCGCUCCUCGACGCCGCCCUCGACGCCGCGAACCUCUCGGAUGCGGAUCUCGCCGACGCCCUGGAUGAGCUCGACACCGAUGCCGCAGACCGCCCAUCCUACCUCUCCCACCUCCUCGCCUCGCUGCAAAACCUCCUCGCCACGCCCUCCCCCGCCCCCGCCCCCGCGCGCGAAACAACCCGCCUCGCGCUCCCCGCCACCCUGCCCACCGGCCCCGGCGCCGCCCCGCUGCCCGACACCCCCGACCCCGGCUCUGUCCACAGCGCAACUGACCCGCUGCCGUGGAGCACUGUGUUCGUCGUCGCGGGCGAUCUGUGCAGUGAACGUCUUCCCGUGGAGGUGGCGCGGGGGUACCAGGUGCUGGUUGUGAGGCGCGGGGGGUGUAGUUUCAGCGCCAAGCUACGCAAUAUCCCGCUCUUCGCGCCGGGGAAGGAUGCACUGAAGGUUGUUGUUGUCGUCAGUCCGGCGGUUGACGAAGGCGGAGGCGAGGGCGGAGGUGGCGGUGGAGGCGAAGGCAAAAGCGAAGACCCCCCGCUCGUCCAGCCCCUCCUCGACGAACCCCAGCUCUCCCCCGCCGGCCUGCUGCGCCCCCACGCCCUGGCCAUGGUCAUGGUCGGCGGCGGGGAAGGAACGAUAAGUUUGUUGAGGAAGGAAGGGGUCAGGGUGGGGGUCAGGCGGAGGUGGGGGGUCGAGUGUCAGGGGGUGCGGAUUGGGAAUUUGAUUGUGGUGUGAUUCGGGAUUGAGGAAUGGGAUUGGGAUUGUGGGGAUGGGACUGUAGAAAUGUAGAAUUACAGCUAUAGAAAUACGACCAUAGAACUACGACUAUAGAGCUACGACUGUGGAAAUACAACUGUAAAAAAACUACCACAGCUAUACCAAUAGCCAUAUCCUGCAGCAGGAAAGGUCUUACUUGCAAAAGCUUUUCUAGGGGC